AUGAAAUCCCUGAAUCGCCGGACAGUGCAGGAGGAGCUGCGGUCACUGUUUGCUAGUGUGUUUUUGAUGGCAGCGGCUUUUUGCUUUCUGGCCUACUCAUCUUGCGUAGGAAUUGUGGUAUCUGAAGACAGCAUUUUCGGUGACUACAUUACUGCCCAGUCAUUCCGAACUAGCCACUAUUUCGUUUCUAUACUAUCUGAAGGUCUAGCGCUCUUGUCCGGGAUGAAGCUGUCGACCUGUUCGCCGUUUUCGGUUGAAGUUCCGCGAUCACUGGUUGAAGUUGUCGUUGCGUGGAACAUACCUAUGCAUAGGUUCCUUCAUACCUAUGUGUACAGUAACUUUAUCUCACUUGGUAAUGCAGUCGCGAUCCUUGUAUCCUUUGCUGUCAGCUCACUUUUGCACCUCUCCGAAAUCGAAUUUCCACACGGUUUUCUAUGUGCGUACGAGCCCGACCAUGGAUGCUGGCAGACAUUGCUUAUAAAUAUUGUCUUUUUGGCUGCUGCUGUUUAUCAGCUGAUCUACCUCGGUGCACCAUUUGAUGGCGAAGGUGCUGAAAUCGGAUACGAGAUGAGUCACACUAUUGCCACAUGGAGACGUCAUCGAUUUGCCGGUCACGCCAUCACUGCAGUGAUUGCUUUGCUUAGCUUUUGUAUUUAA